AUGGCUUUUGAAGUUAAAAACACUUACGGGUCGCGAUCUAUUCUUAACGACAUGCAACCAUCUCAACAACAGGCGCCUAUUCAUGUUGCUCCCGAACCUCAAAGACCUCGGAUAUGCCCACCUCCUGCUUCUGUUCAACAGCAACCCUAUCAACAAUACCAGUUGGCUUCUAUUCCUCCAACUCCAACUCAAACUCCAACUCAUUAUCUUCAGAGCUCUCCUCAGGCAUAUCCUCAGCAACUUCCUUAUGACUACUCAUUUCGCCGACCACAAUUACAACAACAACAGCAACAACUACCACAGACUCAUCACAUCCAUAAUCAUCAUCAUAGUCAUAACUCUCGUCCAAAUGCAUCCUCUUACUUUGAGAAGAAUGGCAAAAUCUCACUGCCACCCCUCAAACUUGGAGGUACUGCAAGUGGUGAAAAGCCUUUGGAAUCUGCGUCGGGUGCUUCCCCACUAAAUGAUUCAGACAUUUUUGCCCUCUCAAAGUUCAACAUUAACGAAGGCCUGGACUCUAAACAUCAUGACCAUCGGUCUUCUUCUCAUCCACAUCCACAAUUACAACACCAUCAACAAGCAUCACAACAAUUACCACCCCCACCACUACAGCAUCAUAGAAUAAGAAAUGGCUCAUUUGACUCAGUCAACUCUGUCCCUCAAACUCUCUUCUCACCUUCGAUCUCGCGAUCAUCCUCCGUAUCCUCUAGCCUGAGUCCGCUGUCUCCACAACAUGAAGUCUUUAACUCUGGGAAUCACCAUGUUUUGUCCCCAGUCUCUAGUUCUUCGGAAAUGUACCCUCCUAUGCAUUAUGCGCAUCCACCUCCCCCACCUCCACCUCUUUCUCUUAUUCAAGAGCAACAGCAUCUUCACCAGCAACUGCACCAGCAGACUGUUUCUCCACCUUCAAAUGUCUCUCCAGUGCCUCCACCAUUGCCUUCAUAUCACCCAUACUCUCAAUCAUAUCACAUGAUCCCUCCUCCCCAGCAGCAGCAGCAGCAGCAGCAGCAGCAGCAACAGCAGCAGCAGCAGCAGCAGCAACAGCAACAACAACAGCAACAACAAAAUCAACAACAUCCACCACACAUUCAAUAUGCAGUGACUGCCGCGCCAACUCCUUCUCCUCCCCAACAGUUACAACAACAACAACUUCCUCCACAACAGCCAGUUUCUACACGAGCUGCACCUUCUGUUGCCAUCCCACCCACACAAUCACCAGUGGUUGCCGCUUCGCUAGCUGCGUCGUCUACUGCGCCGGGAAACACACCGCCACUAAAGCACAAGAAGAAGUACAUUUGCAGUAGUUGCCAAAAGGGGUUCACUACCUCUGGGCAUUUGGCGCGCCACACUCGCAUCCAUACUGGAGAAAAGAAUUACGAGUGCCCGCAUCCAGAAUGCUCAAUGCGAUUUGCUCGCCAGGAUAACUGUAUGCAGCACUACCGUAUCCAUCUUGGUGGCCGAUCGCGUGCAAGUGCAGGGUCGCUGGCGGCUGCUGCUCUUAAUAACAAUGGAUCUGCGCCAAAUGGCGUUCAUGUGGCCAUUGGACGAGGUACUCGUGGCCGCAAGACUAGUCGAUAA